GACAUAACUUGUGUCUGUUUUUACGCAUGAGACUCUGACACAGACUCUGAUUGAGAUGGAGGAGCACAGCACAGUCAGUGAGAACGCCCCGGACCUCAGAGACAUCGAGGUGAAACUCGGAUUGAAAACCCCUGAGGGGCUGCUCCGGGGGAUGAGAGAAGAGGCCGCGUGUCUCCGCGGAGACGCGAAAAAGACGCCCGUUACGCACGAGCCGAACGUGGACACGGACAUGCGGAGUUUGGACGAGAAGAUCCGGAAACUCAGGACAGAGAUGGCAUACUUGCGCUCAGCAGAUGUCAAGAUUCUGCAGCAGCUGUUGGCAGUGCACGAGGGCAUCGAGGCUGUGAAGUGGCUCCUGGAGGAGAGGAGCACGCUGACCAGCCGUUGCAGCAGUCUGACCAGCAGUCAGUACAGCCUGGGCGAGGGGCCGGAUACCUCCUGGAGAGGUUCCUGGACCAGCCUCCAAGACCCCAAUGACAAACUGGACAACAUCUCCAUCGGAAGCUAUCUAGACACGCUCGCUGACGACAUGGAUGAAUACUGCCCCUCCAGCUCUGAUCAGUCCUUAUUAUGCUCGUCAACGCCGCAAGCUUCUGAGGUAACUGUGGCAGGAAGGACAUUGCAGAAAAGUGGUCUGAAAGCUAGCGAAAAUGGGAGUGGCGUUAGCGUAGCAACUCUAAAACCUACGGCUACAAUCAGACCCAGAAUGGACAGUCCCAAGCGUGUAAGCUCGCCCCCAGCCUGGCAGAGGAAGACCCCAGAAUCUUCAGCCAAAAACAGCCCAGUAAAACUGCAAUCGCAGCUCAACAAAGCUAACGGUGUGCUAGCGGACAAGAGCGGAACUGCUACUGCUAACACCGGAGCUACUGGUGUACAUACGGGGAGUCCUCGGCACAGUAACCAAAGUCCGAACCACAAACCUUUCCCCAAUGGAAAGAUAGACACAGAUGAUUCCUGCAAACUCAACGGUAAAAACAUCCAUCUGGAGUAUGAUGCACACUGGCGCUGGGUCCAGUCCCAAGAAGACGUGACAUUUUUGUGAAAAAUUAAACAAUAAUCAGGGCUGAAGCCGACGAGACUUUAGGGUCAGAGACUAAAGCUGAUGAGGCUUUGGCAUCAGAGACUCCAGAGACAAACUGAACCUGCUGUUUGAAAUAUACAGAGAAAUAUAUCAGUUUAUGAAUGAAAAGCCUUUUUGUGUCACUGCACUAACUCAAACAUGAUGUCACAAAUAAAGCUGCACUACGCACUUUUCAGGUGGAGAGUUCACCACCUGCUUGUCCCCAUGGAGAUGUUAUUGCAUUGCCUGAAAUGUUCCAGAAUAUGGCAUUUAACCAACCCAAGCUAAGUUAUGAUAUAUUUGUUUGUUAAUAAAAACACCAGUUAUUGCAAAAAAAUGUGAGGUACAGAAGUGUAAUGCCGUACUGUGGAGCAUUUUAGGAAAUAAUAUCUUCAUCAGACAAGCAGGUGGCACCCCUUUAUCAGAGAAGUUACAUACUGCACCUUUAAACCAGAUGCACAUGACCCUAACCCCUGACCCUAACCUAACCCAUAGACUGUAUAUAAAUGGACAUAGCUAACCUGCUAGCCCGCGCGUUCCAAAUACAAAGUGGUCAUUGGCGCAUGAUCCAUCGACUCUGGCUCCAAUUCACUUUACAUUGAAAAACUGUGUCCCCUCUCUGUUGCUGUCAGACUCAUCAUUUUGGUCUUAAAAUGUUCGUAUUAACCUGCUCUACAUGAUCCUGGGUUAUUUCACUAUUGUGUCUGUAAAUCUAAAUAUGAACAGUAGUAAGAGACAAAUCCGGCGCAUUUUUUGACCUCCCCGAGGUCUAGCAUUAGCAACAGGUUUGAUUCAAAGCAUUGCUAAGCUCCGCUCUCUGCUAAGCCAGCAGUGCGGAUGCGAAGGGUCAUUACCUUCAUCAGCCUCGCUCCUGAUUGGCUCUUUGGUUGCUAUGAUACUCUCAGUCAGAAUCCCAAAGAUGGAACUGGGGUCCACAUUAGCUUCAUUUGACUGGAGCCGAACUCUGGGUGACGUCACACUCACUUAGUCCACUUCUUUAUACAGUUUGUGCCCUAACCCUGACCUUACCCCUGACCCCUAACGCUGAUCCUAACCAUGACCCCUAACCCUGACCCUAACCCUAAUACUGAGCCUAACCCUGACCCAAACCUGCACAGUCUAAUCUACAGAAAUACUUUUAAAGGUCUAUGUCACAGUUUUCUCAGGGUGCUGUAACAUUCCCUGAUAUUUAUUUACUUUGUUCCCAGAGGAGGAGAAGCAGAUGGGAUAGGUGACUUUUGACCUUUGUUUCUCUGUAGUGACAUAUAUGCCCCUUAUGCAUGAGGUCACUAUGCUCUAUGUAAAAGCAAAUGGAAAAAUCAUAAACAUUGUCCUUCGUGAUUGGAUUAAGUCCCACAGUUAAUUUUUACACAAAUGGUGGCACAGCUUUUAGAAAUAUGCUUUCAUAAUCAACAUUUUAUUAUCUAGAACAAAAAAAUCUCAGUUUGAAAAAUCCUACAACACAGAUGUGUUGUCACCGGAGCAAGUCUAAUCUGACGUAUAUUUGUAUAAACAUAUUGAGAUGUAUCCAGACCAAGACCUGACGAAUGCUGUAGAUGAGAAAUAUUAUCUCCACAGUUUCUUAAGCUGCAGUAGAACCAAUAGAAGCAAAUGCAACUCCAGCAUUGAAGUGUGAUGUGCCUCUGGUGCAGUGCCUUCAGGGGUCAGUCUGCAGUUUUGUAUUUGCUCUAUAGAAAUAAAUCUCCUCCACUGAGUUU